AUGAAAAACAGCUGUACACGCAACACCAUUAGUGACUACAUCCUCUGUGGUCUUGGUGACAUGAUGAUGAAAAAGCAGAUGAGGUUUGAAUAUGGAUAUUUGGAGCUGCAGCAGCUGUUUUGUAAUGAAGAGAAUGAAAUCUUGGAGAGGUGUCAUUUCUGUUCAGGCUCUAUUUACUCCAGCCACGGCAUGAUGUUUGUUCGCAAAGACUGCAAGGUGUUCAGAUUCUGUAAAUCCAAGUGUCAUAAAAACUUUAAAAAGAAGCAGAAUCCUCGCAAGUUCAGGUGGACUAAAGCAUUCCGUAAAGCAGCUGGUAAAGAGCUUACAGUGGAUAAUUUAUUUGAAUUUGAAAAACGUAGAAAUGAACCUGUCAAAUACCAGCGAGAGCUGUGGAAUAAAACUACUGUUGCAAUGAAGAGAGUUGAAAAGAUGAAACAGAAGCGCCAAGCUAAAUUUAUAAUGAACGGAUUAAAGAAAAAUAAAGAAUUAGAGAAAGUUCAGGAUAUCAAAGAAGUCAAGCAAAACACUCAUCUUAUCCAGGACCCUCCUGCAGGCAAAGAAAAGCACCUGGAAGAAAAAAUGGUGCAGAAAUUACAACAGGAUGUGGACAUGGAAGAUGUUUUUUUUAAAAAUCUCACUAACUCCUUCUAUAAGCACUUUUGA